UCCCUCUGGGCUUAAGCGAGAGUUAUAUCAAGAAAGCCAGUUCGGAGAGAAGCAGGCGAGAGAGAAGAGCCGCGACGCGAGCCACCGAACCGGAGGCACCUUGGACGGGGCAGGAGAGGGACGAGGCGGCGAGAGAAGGGCAGCCCAGGCGCGCGUGGGGGUCUUUGGACCUUCUGGACCCUUUUCACCGGGCGAAGUUGGGGCUCCGUCUCCCGGAGGAGGCUCUGCGGGCGCUCCCGCCGAUGAGCGCGGCAUGGGGAACCGGCGGGGACGGUGCUGGCCAGCUCCGGAGCUGAGAGGCAGAGAAGCGCCUCGGGUUGGCUGGCUGGCGGGCUGGCUGCCUCGAGGGGCUUGAACCGCCCCCCCCCCACCGCCCACCCCAAGCAAACGGGACCGAGCCUCCACUCGGAGCAUCUCUCCAGCCGGCCAAGCCAGAAGGAAAGGAAAAGAAAAGAAAAGAAAAGAAAGGAAAGGAAGGAAGGAAGGAAGGAAGGAAGGAAGGAAGGAAUAAAAAAAAAAGGAGGAGGAUGACGACGCCUAAGCCGGACGGAGCGGGGAAUUUCUUCUCGGGACUUGCGGAUUUGCCACCGCCGGGUUCCAGCGUCGGGCUCCGUCGGGAAGCCUCGCCGGCCUUCUUCUUCUUCUUCUUCCCCGUCGCCGCUCGCUGAUUUUUCUCUCCGCUUCGCCGACUUGUGGGGGGGGGGCGUCCCCGAAUGCGCCGCCGGAGAGCUGGGGAAGAAGCUGCCGAAGAAGAAGAAGGAGGAGGAGGAGAAGGAGAAAGGGGAAGAGGAAGAGGAGGAGGAGGAGGAGGAGGGCCGCCCGGCUCCCCGCUUGGCUUCCAGCAGUUGGAAGAGCCGCGGCAACGGACUGUUGGGAAGUCAGAGCUUGGAUGUGAUGCAGCCAGACCAGUUUCCUUUGGCAAAGAACUCAGCCUUCCUUUGUGGACCUCUUGGAACCCUAAAACCCUGAAGAAGGAUCUAUAAACAGAUUAUCAUGGACCUGAGGGAUUUUUACCUGUUGGCUGCUCUGAUUGCCUGCUUGCAGCUGGAUUCUGCUGUCGCUCAAGAACUUAUUUACACCAUCCGAGAGGAAUUGCCUGAAAACGUGCCCAUUGGGAACAUACCAAAGGAUCUGAACAUUUCUCACAUCAAUGCUGCCACCGGAACCAGCUCUAGUCUCGUCUACAGGCUGGUUUCCAAAGCAGGAGAUGCCCCUUUGGUGAAAGUCUCCAGCACCACGGGGGAGAUCUUCACCACCUCCAACCGCAUCGACCGGGAGAGACUGUGUGCCGGGGCUGCUUAUGCGGAAGAGAACGAGUGCUUCUUCGAACUGGAGGUGGUGAUCUUGCCCAAUGACUUUUUCAGGCUGAUCAAGAUCAAAAUCAUCGUGAAGGACACCAACGACAAUGCCCCCAUGUUUCCAUCCCCUGUCAUCAACAUCUCCAUCCCUGAAAACACGCUGAUCAACAGCCGCUUCCCCAUCCCCUCCGCCACGGAUCCCGACACUGGUUUCAACGGAGUCCAGCAUUACGAACUUCUGAAUGGGCAAAGUGUCUUUGGGUUGGAUAUUGUGGAAACUCCGGAAGGGGAGAAGUGGCCUCAGUUGAUCGUGCAGCAAAAUCUGGACCGGGAACAGAAAGAUACCUAUGUGAUGAAAAUCAAGGUGGAGGAUGGAGGAACACCCCAGAAAUCCAGCACAGCCAUCCUUCAGGUCACAGUAAGUGAUGUCAACGAUAACAGGCCAGUUUUUAAAGAGAGCCAGGUGGAAGUCCAUAUACCUGAGAAUGCCCCGGUAGGGACCUCUGUCCUCCAGCUCCAUGCCACAGAUGCAGAUGUGGGAAGCAAUGCAGAAAUCAGAUAUAUUUUUGGGGCCCAGGUUGCUCCGGCAACAAAACGACUCUUUGCUUUAAACAACACCACUGGGCUCAUCACAGUUCAGAGGGCCUUAGAUCGAGAAGAGACUGCCAUCCACAAGGUGACAGUCUUGGCCAGUGAUGGUAGCUCAACUCCUGCCCGGGCCACCGUUACCAUCAAUGUGACUGAUGUUAAUGAUAACCCUCCUAAUAUAGACCUCAGGUACAUCAUAAGCCCCAUCAACGGCACGGUGUACUUAUCUGAGAAAGACCCUGUCAAUACCAAGAUUGCGCUGAUAACCGUCUCAGAUAAGGACACUGACGUGAAUGGCAAAGUCAUCUGUUUCAUCGAAAGAGAGGUGCCAUUUCACUUGAAGGCCGUUUAUGACAACCAGUACUUGUUAGAGACCUCUUCCUUGCUGGACUAUGAGGGCACCAAAGAAUUCAGCUUUAAAAUAGUGGCCUCUGACUCGGGCAAACCCAGUUUGAACCAGACGGCCUUAGUCAGAGUCAAAUUGGAGGAUGAAAAUGACAACCCUCCCAUCUUUAGCCAGCCUGUUAUUGAGCUGUCCGUUUCUGAAAACAAUCGGCGGGGUCUCUACUUAACCACUAUUAGCGCCACCGAUGAGGACAGUGGUAAGAACGCAGACAUUGUGUAUCAGCUUGGCCCCAAUGCCUCCUUUUUUGAUCUGGACCGUAAGACGGGGGUUUUGACAGCUUCCCGGGUGUUUGACCGAGAAGAACAAGAGAGGUUCAUUUUUACAGUCACGGCCAGAGACAACGGGACCCCUCCCUUGCAGAGCCAAGCGGCUGUGAUUGUUACGGUGCUAGAUGAGAAUGACAACAGUCCCAAAUUCACGCAUAACCAUUUUCAGUUUUUUGUGUCGGAGAACUUACCAAAGUAUAGUACUGUAGGAGUGAUCACAGUGACGGACGCAGACGCGGGCGAGAAUAAAGCUGUGACUCUCUCUAUCUUGAAUGACAAUGAGAACUUUGUUCUGGAUCCUUACUCUGGAGUUAUAAAGUCUAACGUGUCUUUCGAUCGCGAGCAACAAAGUUCCUACACCUUUGAUGUCAAGGCUAUCGAUGGAGGACAGCCACCCUGCUCUUCAACCGCUAAGGUCACCAUCAAUGUGAUGGAUGUUAAUGACAAUAGCCCCGUGGUCAUCUAUCCCCCUUCCAACACGUCUUUUAAGCUGGUACCUCUCUCAGCUAUCCCGGGAUCGGUGGUAGCGGAAGUGUUUGCUGUUGACAUUGACACGGGAAUGAAUGCUGAACUGAAAUACACAAUAGUCAGUGGAAACAACAAAGGCUUGUUCCGUAUUGAUCCUGUGACGGGUAACAUCACCCUGGAAGAGAAACCGAUUCCAACCGAUGUAGGCUUGCAUCGGUUGGUGGUCAACAUUAGCGAUCUGGGCUAUCCUAAAUCCUUGCACACCCUUGUCCUUGUGUUUCUGUAUGUCAAUGACACUGCGGGAAACGCCUCUUAUAUUUAUGACCUGAUCCGCAGGACUAUGGAGACCCCUUUGGAUAGGAAUAUUGGGGACAGCAGCCAGCCCUACCAAAACGAGGACUACCUUACCAUCAUGAUCGCCAUCGUGGCAGGGGCCAUGGUGGUCAUCGUGGUCAUUUUCGUCACCGUGCUGGUCCGUUGUCGCCACGCCUCCAGGUUCAAAGCUGCCCAGAGGAGCAAGCAAGGGGCCGAGUGGAUGUCCCCCAACCAGGAGAACAAGCAGAACAAGAAGAAGAAGCGGAAGAAAAGGAAAUCCCCUAAGAGUUCCCUGUUGAAUUUUGUGACCAUCGAGGAGUCCAAGCCCGAGGAUGCUGUUCACGAACCUAUCAACGGGACCAUUAGCCUUCCAGCUGAGCUGGAGGAGCAGAGUAUAGGAAGAUUUGACUGGGGCACUGCGCCACCCACCACCUUUAAGCCUAACAGCCCUGAUCUCGCUAAGCAUUAUAAAUCUGCCUCUCCGCAGUCUGCUUUCCACCUUAAGCCGGACACUCCCAUCUCGGUGAAAAAGCAUCACGUGAUUCAGGAGCUCCCCUUGGACAAUACCUUUGUUGGAGGGUGUGACACCCUUUCCAAACGCUCUUCCACUAGUUCAGACCACUUCAGUGCCUCAGAGUGCAGUUCGCAAGGAGGCUUCAAGACUAAAGGCCCCUUACACACCAGACAGUCUCAACGUCGUGUUACGUUUCACCUCCCCGAUGGUUCGCAGGAAAGCUGCAGUGACAGUGGCCUAGGAGAUCAUGAGCCUGUGGGUAGUGGAAUGAUGGUCUCACACCCUCUCCCUCUGGUUCAGCCGCAGGACGAAUUCUACGACCAGGCCUCCCCGGACAAGAGGACCGAAGCAGAUGGAAACUCGGACCCCAACUCUGAUGGACCUCUUGGCCCCCGAGGACUGGCCGAAGCUACAGAAAUGUGCACCCAAGAAUGUCUUGUGCUGGGCCAUUCAGACAACUGUUGGAUGCCCCCUACCUUGGGCUCAUACCCCCAGCCCAAAUCUCCACUCUCCACCUUUGCACCUCAGAAGGAAUGGGUGAAGAAAGAAAAACUGGUGAAUGGACAUACGCUGACCAGGACCUGGAAAGAAGAUAGCAACAGAAACCAGUUCAGUGACCGAAAGCAAUUUGGCUCUGGGGAGGGGCAUUUCAACCCUGCCAAUCACAUGACAGACAUUCCUUUGGCUAACUUGAAGUCCUAUAAACAUGCAACAGGAGCCAUGGAGAGUCCGAAGGAAAACCAGCUAUAAGGAAUGGUUUCUUUGAAGCAGGGACUUUAGCCUAGUUAGACUUGCUAAUACUGUGUGUGUGUGUGUCAGAGCUUUAUGUACUGGGUAGACCUCUAGAACUAUGCGUCACAUAGCUGAGAUAUGCAUAACUGUGGGAUAGCUCCAUUGAACUACAAUGCAACAGCAUUUCUACUAGUUGUGUGGUUUUGUUACAUAGACAUAAUCAAACUCUUACAGAGAUUCUCUCCAGUUGGCAAAUAUCCUGGUUUUUCUUUUUCUUUUUCUUUUCAAUUUAUUGGGGAUAAUGGGGUGGGGCUGUUAAUUAGCUUUUUUUAAAAGAAAGAUAUUUUUUAUUUUUACCCUGGACUGCUGCUGUAAACAGUAGAAAAGUAUAUUGGAAGAGUGAGAGAAAAAAGAAAAUAUGGUGUGUAUGUCUGUGUGAGUGAGUGAGAGAGUGAGAGAAAGAGAGAGAAAGAAAGAGAGCGAAAUGAAUUGCAAUUCUUAGAAAGUAUAUCCAAUUAGAAAAUUGUGUUAUUGUCGCCAUUGAACCUGUGCUGGGACUGCUAUACUUGACAUCUUUACUGAAACAAAACAACUAAAACUGCAAACAUUAAACCUACUGUGCUAUUAACAACGUUAGUGGACACUUGUUAAGUCAAUCAGUGUUCAAGUACUUGUAAAUAGAACAAAUUAUUACUAAUAACUUUUGUGUACUUAUAACGUUCACCUAAAAAUACUGUAGCAUAAUUCUGUGUUUCACGGUUACUUUUUUUGUCCCCUACUUUCUUUCAUUCCUUCCUUUUCUUUAAAAGAAAAGAAAAUGUUUGUUUUGGUGAUGGUGUUUCGUGUUAAAUAAUCCGUCUGACACACCAUGUUCCAAGGAACUCAAAACACUUGUGUUAAAAUAAACAAAACAAAAACAGAGCAAAUGAGGGUAUGGGUGGGUGGGCGUUUUGAUUUCACUUUUUUUUUCUAGUUAGAAAAGAAAAUCCUAUUUGCUAGUUCUAGACUAUAAAUACACUUGAAACAAGGGCUUUGAGAUUUUAGCCACAAUUAUUAUUAUUAUUUUUUUCCUUUGAUUUGAAAUCAAAGAGGAGCAACACGGGGUCAUCAAUUGUGAUAGCAGCUGGAUGGGUUGACUUUGACAGCAAAGUUGCAGGUUGUUGGCUGCAUACUCACACUGAUGUCGAUCAAAAUUAAUGGAGGGUUAUUUGCUAUGGACACAGUCUAUUAAGACGGUUGGCUGCGGGAGUCCCAAUGAAAUUAAGGAAAGGUAUACCAGGAUCCAUGUAUCUCCAUGGGACUUGGGCAGUCAAAUUUCCAAGGUAAUUGUGCCAUGCAGCACCAAUCUCUAGCAGUUGCUUUCUUUACACUUGGGUGAAAUGUGUUUUUACUUCGGACAGUUCCUAUUGCUGAAAUGGCACCAAUUGUGUUGAUCAUCAUCUGCCUUGAUGUUGUAGUAACACAAGUGUUUUUAGAUCAUAGCCACAAAAAUAUUUAAUGUGUUGUGCCUUCAUAAUGUAACCAAGCAUUCUCCUGGUAGGGUAGUUGGGGGGAAAAAUGAAAGAGUUUAGUCUCUAAUUCUUGCUGUUUAACUGUUUGUUCUCAUCGUUGGUCAAUGCCUGGCAAAUAACCAGUUUCACCGUCACUUGAAAAGGAACCAACAAAGUGACUCUAAUGUAAUAAGAUCUCAGUUGCAUGUCUAACAAAUCCUAACCAACAAUCUUAGGCUUUUUGUUUUCUUAAGGCAUGACAAAAAAAAUUAAACAAAUAGCAUGCAACAUAGGGGAGAAAUCGUCCUUAGAGGGAAAAUAAAAGUAAAAAUUAUCUUGUGCCACAGUUAAACAUUAGUCUUCAAAUAAACUCAGACAAUAAAAGUUGAAAAAUAUCAGUGGUUAAUUUCUUUUUACCAAGAACAGCAAUGACAAAAAAAAAUAUUAAAACUAACUAAAGUUGUGUUGUAUAUAGCAGUUCUUAUUUUCUUUCCUCCACAGUAUAAGAGCAUAUAAUGGGCUAGGGGGUGCAUUGCUUAUUACGGUACUUACGUCCGUUUGUGAGGGGUGUUUGAUGACUUUGACUGAAUAAAUAUCUAAACAGUUUUCCUUGUUACUGCUUUGCCAGUUCAACGUUAUUUACAGUUAUUCAGCUCUUGCAAUAAAUGUUCUGAAUUCCU